AUCUCCUCCCAUGUCCUGGCUUUUUUUUUGCGUGGUGGGGGACGGACUACGCGACCGCCUCUCCCCUUCCUAUCCGCUCCGUGCCGUGUCUCUUCUUCCUUCCUCCUCCCCUCCCCUCCGAGCCUGCUAUAAAAUCCCCGCCCCCUCCCGUCUCUUCUCCACACAUCCGAUCCAAAUCCAGCCCCCUCCGAUCGAAGCGAAGUCAAGGCUCUUUCGUCCUCCUCCUCAAGAUGCAGAUCUUUGUGAAGACCCUCACCGGCAAGACCAUCACCCUCGAGGUUGAGUCCUCGGACACCAUCGACAACGUCAAGGCUAAGAUCCAGGACAAGGAGGGCAUCCCUCCGGAUCAGCAGCGUCUCAUCUUCGCUGGCAAGCAGCUCGAGGAUGGCCGCACCCUGGCUGACUACAACAUCCAGAAGGAAUCCACACUCCACCUGGUGCUCAGACUCCGUGGUGGCAUGCAGAUCUUCGUCAAGACCCUGACCGGCAAGACCAUCACCCUNGAGGUCGAGUCCUCUGACACCAUCGACAACGUCAAGGCAAAGAUCCAGGACAAGGAGGGCAUCCCCCCGGACCAGCAGCGUCUCAUCUUUGCUGGCAAGCAGCUCGAGGAUGGCCGCACCCUUGCGGACUACAACAUCCAGAAGGAGUCCACCCUCCACCUGGUUCUCAGGCUCCGUGGUGGUAUGCAGAUAUUUGUCAAGACCCUCACUGGCAAAACCAUCACCCUCGAGGUUGAGUCCUCAGACACCAUUGAUAAUGUGAAGGCCAAGAUCCAGGACAAGGAGGGUAUCCCACCGGACCAGCAGCGUCUCAUCUUUGCUGGCAAGCAGCUCGAGGAUGGCCGCACCCUUGCAGACUACAACAUCCAGAAGGAGUCCACUCUNCACUUGGUGCUCAGGCUCCGUGGUGGCAUGCAGAUAUUUGUGAAGACCCUCACCGGCAAGACCAUCACCCUGGAGGUGGAGUCAUCUGACACCAUUGACAACGUGAAGGCGAAGAUCCAGGACAAGGAGGGCAUUCCCCCGGACCAGCAGCGUCUCAUCUUUGCCGGUAAGCAGCUUGAGGAUGGCCGCACCUUGGCGGACUACAACAUCCAGAAGGAGUCCACCCUUCACUUGGUGCUCCGUCUCCGUGGUGGCCAGUAAGCUCCUGGCCAUGGAGCUGCUUCUGUCUCUGGGUUCACAAGUCUCGGUGUCUCCGGUAUCCUCCAAUGGAGUCUGGUCUGUGUCUGUCGUUGCCUGAACUGUCUUUGUUUCUGUACCAUACUGUGAUGCAGUGUUAUCGUUUGUAUCUUCAAACUUCUGCUGGUGUGGAGCAGCUUUGGUGAACUAUGAAUAAGUGAGCGCUUAAUUUGGUCCAUAA